AUGUCCCUAUCAACUCUCCAACCCAACGCACUCUACAUCGCACUCUUCACUCGCGGAUACCCUAACCAACCCGACGACUUCCACUGGGCACUCUACCUCCACCACAACGCUCAGAAAGGCGGCAUUAAAUACCACGUCCGAAACCGUGGUGCAGGCUGGACUGUAGAUCACGGAAGCACAAAAGGGAUUUUGAAAGAAGCGCUUCUUGUUGGUCUUGUUCAAAUCGCGGUGAUCCCGGAUGGGGAAGAGGGGUAUGUGAAUGAGGUUUUUAGAAGUCUGGAUGGGACGCUGAAUGAGAGGGAAAUAACUUGUCGGACGUGGAUUUUGAGGGUGCUGGAACCCUUGAUGAGGGGUGGAAAGGGUGAGGGGGAGGGGGAGGGGGCUGGGGUUAAGAUACUGGGAUGUGAGAGUAUUGAGGGGUUGGAGAGGGAGGUUAAGGAUUUUGGGAAUAGGUAUAUGGAUGAGGCGAAUGAGAAUGUGCAGCCGAGACUGGUGGAAGUUUCGCGGGUUUGUGGUUUGUGA